ACGUUCCUCGAUGGCCGCCAGACCAACCAGCCGCUCCUUCAGCCGUGCCGAGCUGCGCGCCGGCUGCGCCCAGGGCGCCUGCCUGGUGCUGACCGGCCGCCGCCUCUACGACCUCAGCGCCUUCGUGCGCCUCCACCCGGGCGGGCAGCAGGUGCUGCUGGAGCGGGCUGGCACCGACGUGAGCGCCGCGCUGGACGGCCCGCCGCACCGGCACUCGGCCAACGCGCGCCGAUGGCUCCAGCAGUACUAUCUGGGCGAGCUGGAGGCCGACGGGGAGGCAGAGCAGACUUGUGCAAAGACACUGAACUCCACCACUUCUGAAGCCUCAGCUCCUGUCAUAUCCGAGAAAUAUAGAUUGGCAUCCGUCAAUGGAGAUAAGGACCUGGUGGACUGGGGGAAGCCUCUGGUCUGGCAAGUGGGCCACCUACGGGAGAAGUACGAUGAAUGGGUGCACCAGCCAGUGGAUCGACCUAUUCGCCUCUUCCAGUCGAAUCUCAUGGAGUACCUCUCCAGGGCAACAUGGCACGUGGUCUGUAUAUUCUGGCUACCGGUGGUGUUUUUCCUCAGCCAGCACUGCUACACCACCCUUGCCCAGGGCAAAACCCAGCUGUUUGCCUCCUUCACAUCAGCCACUUACACCCAGUAG